CACACACACACUGACACACACUCUCUAAUCUAUAUCCAUCGCUUUCUUACACACUCCCUCUACUCCCACACAGUCGCCAACACACACAUAUAUACACCUUUGCCUGACGUUGUAUCCAAGAUGUCUUGUCUCUUUAUUGGUUUUCUUGAUUCUACGUUUAUUCCUCAAUUACUACGGACUCUCGAUCAACUUCCUUUGCCCCAAUCUCCGAGCUUUUUGGUAGAUGGAUAAAAGAAAGUCUAGCAGAAAUGCCUUAUCAAACUACAUUGUUGGCAAGACUCUUGGUGUUGGGGGAUUUGGGAAGGUUAAACUUGCUACUCAUAUCCUCACUGGACUUAAAGUUGCAAUUAAGAUCUUGGAUCGUCAGUUGAUUAAUGAUUCAGCUGCAGCAAAAGUGAAGCGGGAAAUCGACAUAAUGAGGCUGUUAGUACAUCCUCAUAUAGUUCGCUUGUAUGAAAUCAAAGAGACCGAAUCACACAUCUAUGUUGUUAUGGAAUACAUGAAGUGUGGCGAGCUUUUUGAUUAUAUCACACAAAAAGGCAGGAUCCAUGAGGAUGAGGCACGCCACUUCUUCCAGCAGAUCAUUUCAGGAGUUGAACAUUGUCACCGUCGCAAAAUUGUUCAUAGAGACCUGAAGCCAGAGAACCUGCUUUUGGAUGCAAAACUCAACGUCAAAAUUGCCGACUUUGGACUUGGAAACGUAAUGUGGGAUGGUCAUUUUCUCAAAACAAGCUGUGGAACCCCUAAUUAUGCUGCUCCCGAGGUUAUAUCUGAGCAUCUUUACGCUGGUCCUGAAGUUGAUGUUUGGAGCUGUGGAGUUAUCUUGUACGCCCUUUUGUGUGGAAGACUUCCUUUUGAUGACGAUAAUUUUCCCGCAUUGUAUAGAAGGAUUAAGAGUGGAAAUUACCCUGUCCCGGGCCACUUGUCAAGUGGUGCCCAUGAUCUGAUAUCGAAAAUACUCGUCACUGAUCCUGUAAACCGCAUAUCAAUCCCUGAAAUACGCCAGCAUUCGUGGUUUAAAGUACAGCUUCCUCAUUAUAUUUCUCUCAACCCAUCCGCCCCAGCAUGCCAAAUAUCUGAAAUGGGAAAGACAAAGGUUGAUGAAAAUGUCCUGAAAGAGAUGGCAAAAACUGGAUUUGAUAUUCGUGUAGUGAUUGAAUCUCUUUAUAAUAAUGCACAAAAUGAGGCAACGGUUUCGUAUUAUAUGCUUCUGCAUAGCCGCUGUUGUAAACCAGAUAUGGGUCAUCAAAGCAACGAUCUUGUACAACCUUCUGCAGAUGAGUACACGGAUAAUCAUGAAGUAUAUUUAAGGCCAUGCUCUUCUGGAGAAGGCAACUGGGCGCUUGGAUUUAAGUCAAAGGAGUCUCCACAUAACACCAUGUUGGAGGUUCUAAGAAACUUUCACAGCCUAAAUGUGCAAUGGAAGAGGAUCGGACCGUUUAACAUGAAAUGCAUCUGGCUAUCACCUGCCUGUGCAUAUUUGGGAGCUAGACUAAAUGGUUGCGUCUCGGGACCUAACCAAAUAUGUUCGAGCUCAACUGCUGCUGCUGGAAUCAGUCUUAGACUCCGCGAUACUGUGAAGUUUGAAAUUCAGCUUUACAGAGCUAGCGGGGAAUUUUAUGUAUUGGAUAUUCAACGCCUGAGUGGAGCUCCCUUCCUGUUCCUCGAGAUAUGUGCCGCAUUCCUUGCACUCUCGACGUGAUUAAUUGAGUACAUAAUGCAAAGAAAUGAAGUUGUGAGAUGAACAUUGAGGUGCAGAAAAGUUAAAAGUAUAUAUAUAUAUAUAUAGAAGGAAGGGUCAGGAAAUGAAGAGCAAAAGAGGUAUGUUUUGUGGAAUAAAGAAGGCAGAGAGUCUCUUAUGGGAAUAUUGAGUUCACUUCUUUUGAUUUGUAAUUUUUCAUUUCUAUAAUCAACUCUCCAUGGAUCAGCUUGUGGCCAACUUAUUGACUAUAUGGAGUAUGAAUUUUGGGUCAAUACACCCCAACUCUACAACAACAAAACAAAUUUGUUGGAAAUGGCCAUUUCUAAGCUUUUGUUUGUUU